AUGAAGAUUUCCGAAGCAGAAGAUCGAGAACUUUCCGGUAUACGAAAAAUAAAGAAUAUUGUCACUCUGCCUGCUGACAAGGGACGCUCGACAGUCGUCAUGGAUAAGACCGAAUACUUGAGUAAACUGGAGAUCCUGCUGAUGGACAAAGAAUCUUACGCGCUUUCGGAUGUGAGCGAGUUCAAAAGGCCUGUAAACAACAUAAACAAGACGGUGAGUAGGUUAAGGAACGCGAGCGCCCUCACGAGAAGAGAGGCACUGUCCGCGAAAGCCACUGACACCGCGAUGGCACGCUUCUACGGCCUUCCAAAGGUACACAAGCCAGGAGUGCCCCUCCGCCCAAUCGUUUCUUUACGUGGCACACCAACUUUUGGCCUAUCAAAGUGGCUGUACCAACGACUUUGUUUCCUCGUCAAAGACUCAGAGUGGACAGUGAAGUCAGCUGAGGAGUUUUUGGCUCGCAUCCGACAUCGUAGAGUGGAGACAGACGAGGUGAUGGUGUCCUUUGACGUGGUCUCACUGUUCACUUCUAUCCCGCUCGACCUAGCCAUCGACACUCUCGACAGACUUCUCCGAGAAAAAUACGACGAGACCGACCAACAGCUUAAACGAGUGCACAUUAUCGAGCUGCUAGAACUGUGUCUUAAGACUUUCUUCUCAUUUAACGGCCAAGUGUACGAGCAAAAAAAGGGAACGCCAAUGGGUCCACCUCUGUCUGGACUAAUUGCCGAAGCGGUUUUGCAGAGGCUGGAGCGUCUGGUAUUCAGCUCGUACCCUCCGAAGUUCUGGGCCAGAUAUGUCGACGACACAUUCGGAAUAAUAAAGAGGAACGACGUGCAAGAUUUCAAGGCACUCUUGAAUUCGAUAUUUCCCGACAUACAGUUCACCAUGGAUAGAAUAGAAUAG